GGUUUCUGCGGAAUGCGGGUGGGAAAACGGCUGCGGCGGAAGGUCUCGCUUCUAUGUAUGUCUGUCUUGUCGCCAUUUAUAUGUAGCGUUCGCAUUUCGACUUCAGUAAUAAUUUAACAUAAGAAGGUCGACAGGUUGGGAGUUUUUUUUUGAAGACGCUGUACCUCUUGUCGAAUUGUCAGUUUGGUGUUUAAAGCAGAGAAAUAAAAAUAAAGAAAGACGCUGUCGGUGUAAAUAGCUAGCAUGGUGUGUAGCUCCUGGGAGAUUAGCUCUUUUAACUAGCCUCAGCUCAGAUUCACAAAAUAAGGUUCAGUGUGUAGUGACUAGUUUGACUGAUUAAUCUUGUAUAUUUUUAUUUAUAACAAGAGCAUUUCCGGAGAUUAGCAGGGUUUAAUUUGGUUGUUUCUAAGUGAACCGGAUCAGUGUUGCUAGCAUAACUAGCCGUGACUAGCCUGCCCCAUCACGCCCCUUCUGCGCAGCUGCAGAAACGCCGCUUUUCCGCUAACACACUUCUGCUCCUGCAGAACGGCGUGUCUGGCGUGUUUUUGUCGUUUUUCUUUCUUUUUUUGUGUGUGUAACCGGAUGUAUUAAGGAGAACAUUUGGAACACUGAAGCUGGCGACAGGACACCGCACAUCUCCCCCUAAACAAGUUUUCGGUCACCCACCCUUGCGGCCGAGCCAGCGGUUAUCCAUCAGCGAUGUCUGAAGGAGAAGCAAAACAAGCUCCAGCACCGACUUCCACCAUGGAGGCAAAGAGCGAGGCAGCGGCCACCGCAUCGACUGCUCAAGGCGUCUCGUCGGUGUCCCCCCCGGUGUCCACGGUAACGCAGGCUCCACCAGCCCCCACGACAGCAACUGAAGACGAAGAAGAGGAGAGUGAAGACGAGUCCGAGAUUCUGGAAGAGAGCCCGUGUGGACGCUGGCAGAAACGUAGAGAAGAGGUCAACCAGAGAAAUGUUCCAGGCAUCGACAACGCCUACCUGGCCAUGGACACAGAGGAAGGCGUGGAGGUGGUGUGGAAUGAGGUCAUGUUCUCCGAAAGGAAGAACUUCAAGCUGCAAGAGGAAAAAGUGAAAGCAGUUUUUGAUAACCUGAUUCAGCUGGAGCAUUUGAAUAUCGUGAAGUUCCAUAAGUACUGGGCGGACGUGAAGGAGAACCGAGCCAGAGUUAUUUUUAUAACCGAGUACAUGUCCUCAGGGAGUCUGAAGCAGUUUCUGAAAAAGACAAAGAAAAACCAUAAGACUAUGAAUGAAAAGGCAUGGAAACGCUGGUGUACUCAAAUAUUAUCUGCUUUAAGUUAUCUGCAUUCAUGUGAGCCCGCAAUCAUCCAUGGGAACCUGACCUGUGAUACCAUCUUCAUACAGCACAAUGGCCUCAUCAAGAUCGGCUCAGUCGCUCCAGACACCAUUAACAAUCAUGUUAAAACAUGUCGGGAGGAACAGAAGUGUUUGCAUUUCUUUGCACCAGAAUAUGGAGCUGUUGCUAACGUCACCACAGCUGUGGAUAUUUAUUCCUUUGGGAUGUGUGCCUUGGAGAUGGCCGUGCUGGAGAUUAGCAACGGAGAGUCGUCCUAUGUGUCACCCGAAGCCAUUAACAGUGCCAUCCAGUCUUUAGAGGACCCCCUGCAGAGAGAGUUUAUUCAGAAGUGUCUGGAGGUGGACCCCAGUAAGAGGCCCACAGCUAGAGAGCUGCUUUUCCACCAGGCGCUGUUCGAGGUGCCGCAGCUGAAGCUCCUGGCCGCGCACUGCAUCGUCAGUCACCAGCAUAUGAUCCCUGAAAAUGCUCUUGAGGAAAUGACUAAGAACAUGGACCCCAAUCGUGUGAUCAUGGAGAUGAAGGAAGUGCAGCUAAAGUUGACCCAGUUUCCUGCACUGGAACUUGACAAGUUCCUGGAAGAUGUGAGAAACGGGAUCUAUCCUUUGACGGCAUUUGGGGUGCCUUGCCCUCAACAGCCCCAGCAAGAGGCAGUGAAGUCCCCUAUCGUCCCACCCUCUGUGAAAACACCCACGCCAGAGCCUGCAGAACUCGAGACCAGGAAGGUGCUUCAGAUGCAAUGCAACAUUGAGCCUGUGGAGGAAGGAGCAAAACAUCAUUUGACUUUGCUGCUGAAGCUGGAAGAUAAGCUGAACAGACAUUUGAGUUGUGAUUUGGCACCAAACGAGAAUGUCCAGGAGCUGGCGGUGGAGCUGGUCCAGCUUGGCUUCAUCAAUGAGGGAGAUCAGACGCGCCUCGCCACCGUGCUGGAGGAGGCCUUCUCGAAGUUCUACAGCCGUAACGGCUCUCUGAAUCCUGUUACCGUUUCCUCGUAGCAGAGGGGUGGAGACGGGUGCCUCUGCUCUCCAUCACUCCUCAUCCUCACACACAGGACAGGACUCUAGCGCUUGAUCACUCGAAGGACGGGGCGAAAGUUUGUUUAGGUUUUUUUUUUUUUUUUUUUAAGGGAUAAGAAGACCUCGACCGGGCGCUCACACGACAGUUCCUGCAAUUCUGUUGCUCUGCACGCCGCUGUAGGUGGCCGAGACUGUUGCCUGACGUUUGUGUGCAUUUACUUCUCUCUGUGUAGCCACCUGCUUCUGAGAAACAGCAGUUUUUGUUCAAGUCAGUAUUACAAGCUGUGUUCUUUUUAUUGUUAUUAUUAUUGUUAUUACUUUGUUUAUUAUUAUUACUUACAGUAUCUAUGUGGGAUGGGUCAUGGUUCAGGCUUUUUUUUUUGCUGUUUUAUUUUCAGCAAAAGCCCUUUAUGAUGGUGUUUUUUUUUUAUUUUUUAUGUGCGUAUUUGAUUUGGUCUCAAAUCCUACUCUUUAAAUGAGAAGAAACCAGGAAAAGUCGUUUACUGCUUCAAGUUCUCAUGUGACCUGAUGGAGAUUGCUCUAGCUUUUAAAGGUGCAAUUAUUAGUUUUUCAAUAACUUAAUGGCUACUUAAUAAGGUCAUGAAACUAAACAAAAAAUGCCAUUAAGCCAUCAUUUGGCAUCUCGUAUUCAUAGUAGGUUUUUAAAUUCAUGUUUUUUUCUUUUCUUUUCUUCGUAACUCUGCGGCAAACGUAACCCAAAGGUACGAUUAGGCGUUUAUUCUGUUACGAGCGCUUUAAAUGUUCACGUUAACAUAUGGGCGCUUUAAAGAAGGGGAAAAACUUAUUUAGAGCAUCUUCACUGUAAUUAUCUAUAACUGUGGUUAAAUGCAAAGUUCACUUAAGCCAAUACUGUGAAACGGAGGGGCUGUCAGUGUUUGGGGAGAGGGGGGGAGGGUGUAGAUUAUUUAUCAUUUACAUUCUAUACGCAAGGAAUCAAGACGUGUUUCACUCUCAGCGUUUUAGCAACUCUUUGUGAAUGUAUGAAUUUCUUUCAUUUGCUGUAUAUUUUUACCAAUGAGUGGUGUGUUUUGAUUUUUUUGCGCGCGUGAGGAAAGGGCACUCGGUUUUUGAAAGUUUUUUUUUUUUUUUUUUUUUCGCUACUUUCACUAAUCUACAAAUUCCCAAUUGUUGAAAUGUGCCUUCUACAGACGAAGAGUUGGUUCUGGUUUGAAAAGGCAGCCGGUGUUUGGUCACUGAUCCGCUGCUUUUGAAAUGGAUAAAACAAUCAAUCAAUCAGUCGCGCAAGCUACCUUUUGCUAACACUUGGAUGUUGGACAUGAACAUGCUUUUGCCCACUGAGGAGGUAGUUUUUUUUUUUUUUUUUUCUUCCCCUUUUUCCUCUGUGAAACCAGCUGAAGGUUUUGAAAAGAGUGUUAGUAAGAUGCAAAGGAAUGUUUCUUCAUGAUCGCUGGUGUUUGGGAAAAGCAGGUAAAGGAGGUGUAAAGUAGGUAAAAGAAAGGUCCAUAUGGUGCUGGUCUGGACACUUGUAAAGCAUUUCCCCACCCCACCCCCCACAUAUACUGUAUAUGAAAACACUCAAUCAGAUGUGAUUGUGAUGGGCUUCUGAACAAGUGACAAGUCAACAGAUUCCUGCCUUUUAGUGCCGUCGUCAUCAACUUUAGACUAGCAUUCCUUGAUCGGUUGGUCAGUCAAUCAGUCGGUCGGGUAAGAUAUCAUGUCAUUAAUUAUUGAGUUUUAGAAAAAACGUUUAAAUUACAGGUGACUUUGUGGAGUUUUGAUCUAGGUUUUUGUUUUCAAAUCAAAGUACUCCAAAAAAAAAAAGUCCGUUGCCACUUUUGUUCAGAAGCACCUCACACUCCUGUGUGCUGUACACACUGACCAGAAAACUUAAAAAAAAAAAAAAAAUCCAGUUUUGACCUUCUGGCAUUUUCAGAUCAAUCGUCUGUCAUAGUUUUAUUUCCAAAGGAAAAAAAUGAAACCAGCGAGUAGCUGAUAACUGCUUUUACAGCUCAGUCCUGUUUAUGUAUUUUUUCCAAAACGACAAAAGAUUGCAUUAUUUCUUGAUUAUAAAGACGGCACUUCUUCAA